CAGCCUGUUGGUCGACGGGACGGGUCGUGUUAGCAUUUCAGGCUGUGUCUGUUCCUGGUCUGCUUUAUGUACCGACCUGUUACCGGAAGAUCAUCGCUAGCGACAAAACUCCUCGCCGUCGCGUUUCUGCUGCUGCUCUACUCCGUCCUUGGUUGUAGCCCUGCUGAGGGGUGUUUGGUUCUUGUGGCGCGUGGAGUACUUCUCUCUCCAACAGCCAUGUCGGGCUUCAAUCUGCUGCAUCUAAUAACCAAGAGCCAACCUGUAGCUCUGAGGUCCUGCAGUCUUCCCUCAGGAGCAUGUAGGACUAAGAAGACAUGGCCAGUGAGCUUCCCUCAGGAGGAGCUGAGGAAACGCCUCACGCCGAUGCAGUACCAUGUUACCCAGGAGAGAGGAACUGAGAGUGCCUUCGCUGGAGAGUUCGCACACCAUAAAGAGGAGGGGACCUACACCUGUGUUGUCUGUGGGACCCCGCUGUUCAGCUCGAACACCAAAUUUGACUCAGGAUCAGGUUGGCCGUCCUUCUUUGACCUCAUGAAGGAGGAGUCCAUCACUCUGACAGAUGAUUUCUCCUAUGGGAUGCACAGGGUGGAGACCACCUGCAGCCAGUGUGGAGCUCAUCUGGGACACCUGUUUGAUGAUGGACCAAGACCCACAGGGAAACGCUACUGCAUUAACUCUGCCUCAUUGGCUUUCCAGUCCAAAGACUCAGCCUCCUCCAUCGCCACGGCCGAGGGCGGAGCUUCCAGCAGCUCAGUGAAUGAUGGGAAGACAGAGCUCUGAAAGAAAGACCCAGGAACCCCAGCAGACUGAUGAGCGGGCCUGUGUGGGGAGUCACAUGUAUAGAAUAGUUAUGGGUUCUGUGUGUGUGAUUCACAGUGUAAAGAUCGAAGAGGUGGUUAUAUUGCGAAAGGAAUGAAAGCACUCAGGCCUCAGACACAGACCAGGGAAAUAUUGUCUGAUGUAUAAUCUGUCACAAGAGAAAGUGCACGCUUCCAAAAUGCCAUUUUGUAGCUACAGUCAAAGCUGCAAAACACACCGCGUCAGCUGAUUGCCUUAAAGGGAACUUCAGCAAAAGGUACAAGGAUGAUUUAUUUAUCAUUUUACAACAUGUAAAUGUUGUAUGACUAGAUGACGUUAUAGUUCCCUUUAUGCUACUCACAAUAACAAACGUAUACACAAAAAUCAUAUACAGCAUAUGAGUGGAUAAAUAAUAAGUCAUAGAAAUAAAACCGGUCGUGCGCAUCCCAUGCCAGUUUGAUGUCUCCAGUCAGGAUGCUUUCUAUUCAUUCAGUUCAGUUUUAUUAUAUAGCGUCAAUUCAUAACAGAAGUUAUCUCAUUGCACUGUUCAUAUAGAACAGGUCUAGAACAUACUCUUUGUAAUUUUAUUAACAGAGACAGUUCCCACAAGUUAUAUUCCUCUUCUGUAAAAGUUAACAAGUACUUAGUAUAGAAACUGUGCCUUCCUAAGUUUCCCUAAGAAAUACAGCCAUAUCUGAGCUUUCUUCACCAGUGUGGAGAUGUGAGAUGACCAUGUCAGGUUCUCUGUGAGGCUGAUUCCCAGGAACCUGAAACUGUGUGUUUCUUCCUCCUUUUUCCUAAAAGCAUUAUUUGUCAACCUGGGUGUUAUUCUCAGAUUUUUCUCCCUUAUGAACUGCAGUUUGCCACAAUAGCCACAGGGAGUUCAAAGAAACGACACUCUGUGUAACCUUCGGCAACAUUCAGACGAGAUAAGUGCUUGAGGUGAUUUCUGUUAAGUUGGCGUUUUUAAUAGGCUGGCUUGUGCUUCUUCUCGCAUGAUAACAUUGUUCUUGCUGGAAUCCACAUUCCCCGGCUGUCUCCAACAGAGAGGGUGAAGAAAAUGUUAUCAACCAUGGACAUGAUGGACAAAAAUGUAACACCCAUGUUGACAGAUAUCAUAAUUUCCCUUUCAUUUGUUAGGUCUGGGUAAAUUAAACAUGACUGAAGUGCUGUAUAGUAGACACACAAACACACAGACAUAUAUAGAUAAUAUAGAACCUUUGAUAUUCUAACCUAAAAAUAUUUUAUUAGAGUAUAUUUUUGAAGUGAUAUUUGAUACUGAGAGGUUGAUUUAAUGAAAUUGCCUAUGCAAGGGCUCCUGUCAGCUGUGACAGGUGGCAUCUUAUGAUGGACAAAUAAUGUACUGUGCCUUUAGGUCACUUCCUGUAUUUGCUCCCUCUUUAGUUCUUUGCAUUUGGAAAUCAUUUGUUCACAGCUUGCAUGAAACCAGUUAAUGAAUGAAUAAAGCAUCUAGAAACAC